AUGCCCUCCACAACCCUCCCCACACCCACGCCCGAUGAACUUGACGACCUCAUCUACUUCACACGCACAGGCGAUUUGGCAAGCUUGAUGUCGCUGGUCACUUCGCUAUGUGGCACACACAAAUGCCCGCCCUCGGUCCUGCUCGCCUCGUCCAUUGAUAUCGACGCCGACGGUCUCGGUUCGCGGUCCUCGCUGCUUCACUACCCCGCGGCCAACGGCAAUCUUGAGAUCAUCACGCACCUCCUGUCCCUGCUCGCACCGUCUGAGUCUCUGGGCACCUCACCUUCGGCGACGACGGCGGACAAGUCUGCACCUUUGCUCGUGAAUCACCGGAACAUAUCUGGCAACACGCCGUUACAUUGGGCCGCGAUGAACGGACACUUGGAUGUGGUCCAGGCGUUGGUCAAGGCUGGCGCAGAUCCUACGAUUGUCAACGAGGCCGGGCGAGACGCCGUGGUGGAAGCGGAGAUGAGUUCAAAGGACGGCGCAAAGGAGUGUGCUGACUGGAUGUUAAGGCACUGCGAAGGACUGGAAAAAGGUGUCGGUGACGAAAGUAUUGGAGCGGGUGGCAGCGGUAGUGGGGAGGUAGAAGAAGAGGCGAAAGAGGAGGCCGCGAACACGCAGGGGCCUGAGCUUGAUGAAGGUGGUGAGAAGUCUGAAACGCCAGUGAGGAAUGGGGAGCAGAAAGAGACGUGA